AUGGAGAAUCAGAUAUUGCUUGAUAUAAGAUCAGUAAUAGACAGUGGACUUGUAACUGAAAUAUUUACUCAAAAUAAUCCUGUUAGUUCUGAAAACUUUCAUCUGGAAACUGCAGUAAUUAAUAAUCCCAUUGAAGAAGGAUUGCUAUCUAGCCAAGACAAUCAUUUAUGCACUGUAAAUGUGGGAGAGACCUUGUUAGAUCACUUCAAGUGUCCACUUACCAUUGAAAAUCAAAAUACAAUAGUAAAAGUUGAAGUACAUCCACAUGGAAACAACAGCUGUGAUGAUGAAGAUCUUGAAAAAUACAAGGAAUUAAAUCUUCCAGAAGCAGCUGAACGUAUGCAUUCACCUUAUCUGCCUUCAAAUGGUGUCCACUUUCUUUCUUCUGUAGCAAUGCAGCACAAAAAUUGCAGUGUUCCAACUUCAAGCAUUUUCUCUCCAGAAGGAACAGUCAAUCAAAAUGUCAGAAUGAUGCCAGUGUUCAGAUCAUUUAUACCUCCAGUUGCAGAAUCUUCCAGUGAUAUCUGUGGCUUACCUCAGACUAGUUCUUCUGUCUGUGAUGAAAUAGUUAUCUGUCAGUUGGAAGGAGGUACUCAAAUACUCUGUAUAAACAGUUGUGGCACACAAGGACUAAAACCAGUUCAUCUAGUUCCUGAGUAUCAUGACCAACAUAAUUAUGUUCAAUCAGAUGUGGACAACCCUGUGACAGGUGUACUGGGGCAGGUUUUGCCUGUUCCAGGUGAACUGGUUCUGAAUGAACAAGAGUUUGAAAAUGGAACCUUACAACCAGUAGCUAGUUCUGCCACAUUCCAUCUAGAAACAAAUCUGCACGGGCCAGUGAAAAUGAACUCAGAGGGCCUAUCUUUUGGUUCAGGGGUUACAAAGUCUAAGAAACCAUGUAACUGCACAAAAUCUCAGUGUCUUAAAUUAUAUUGUGAUUGUUUUGCCAAUGGUGAUUUUUGCAACAACUGCAACUGCAAUAAUUGUUACAACAAUCAACUUCAUGAAACUGAGCGAUUUAAAGCCAUUAAGGCCUGUCUUGAUAGAAACCCAGAAGCUUUCUUACCAAAGAUUGGGAAAAGAAAACUAGGAGAAAUUAAACCUCACCAUAACAAAGGAUGUAAUUGCAAGCGCUCGGGAUGCCUCAAGAAUUACUGUGAGUGCUUUGAGGCUAAAAUUAUGUGUUCCUCUAUUUGCAAAUGCAUUGGUUGCAAAAAUUAUGAAGAAAGUCCAGAUGAAAAAAAACAGUUCAAUGUGCUAAACUACAUGGACAUUGGAAAUGAUGAAGGAAAUAGCCCAGUUUUAACAUCAACAUUUGAAGAGUUACCAAAAUUGAAGACAGACAGGGAACCAGCUGUAUGUAUAUCUUGGGAAGAAGUGAAAGCAGUAUGUGCUUGUCUCCUGAUGCAAGCUGAAGAGGCAGAAAAAAGAGGUUACUCUGUUUGUCUAGCUGAGCGGAUGAUCAUGGAGGAAUUUGGGAGAUGUUUAUCUCAGAUCCUACAUGCAUAAUUAAAACCUAAAGGACUGAAAGUUGAAUAAUGUUCAAUGUGUCAUAAAGCAAAUAAGUAUUAAUGUUUAUAUGUUGCCAUAGUCUCAACAAUUUUGGUACUUAAUGAUCUUACUUUGAUCUUUCAUAGGAAUAAUUUCAUUUACUUCAGUUGAAUUCUUUCUGAAUUAUGCUGGUGUAAGUGAAACCAGCACCCCAUCCAGCAUUUUUCUGAGUAACUUAAUACUGUAGAAAGCUUAUUAGAUUUUGUACUAAAACAGAUUUUCUCUGUAGUUAGGGCUUUCUGAGCCCAUUCUUCAGUCUUUACCUAGAUUCUUAUUAAAAGCAAGUUUAACUUAAAAUUACUUUAUUGGAUGUUUAUGUGAGUGGAGAUGCAGUAAAAACUGAGUAAGCAUUUGCUAUCUUAGUUUGGUUAUUUUAUGAAUUGUGAAAAAAUUCCUUUUCCAGUGGUAGUGGGCAAAUCUACUAAGUUUAGCUUUGGUUCUUCUCUGUUUUGGCAACUUACUUCUGCUGUCUGUGGAUGUACUAUUUUUGGAAAACAGCGCAAUGUUGUCAGUAGGUUUGGUACUUACUGUUGGAAAAAAACCCCAUGCUAGACUUUGUUCAACAUUAGAUUUUUUAGACAGAUUAGCCUCAUAAAGAAUAGGAGGAAGAUGACCUCCUUUUUACCCCUAUUAUAAAGUACAUAGUUUAUGAUGGGAAAAUCUUUUAUGUACAUAGCAUUUAGGAUUGAAAUUUGUGGAAUCCUACAUUUGCAAUCCAGUUUCCCUUAAAGCUUGGAAUAGCUUUUAUUUAAUUACUCAUUUUUCUUAUUCUCUGUGACAUUUCUUCCUCUUCUCAUUCUUACUGUUGGGAUAAUAGUAGAUUUUAUUUUCUCUCACAGGAGUAAGCUAUUUGCUGCCAUGUUUCUGGAAAAGAAAAAAAAUUAAAAAUUGUCAUCUAAAUGAGUUGACAGAUAUAUAAAUAUUAAUGCUUUUCAGU